CUUGGCUCAAACCUUACUUUGUCGGACUCACAUCUUUCCAGGCCCCAGCCGGAGUAUAUCUUAAUCAUGGCCCCUGCUCCGAUCGCAUCUUCGAGCGAUGAUAUCGCGACUGUUCUCCAACUAGUUACGCCCCCUCAGAUUGCCCCGCACCGCUCCCACGACCCCUCCAACAAUCAAAAGCGGAGCGAUCCCUUCCAGUUCGGCUCCCGGUACCUGGAAGAAGGAGACGAUGUCUUCGAGUUCAACGCCUGGGAUCAUGUCGAGCCCGACGACGAGUUCAAAGCCUUCGCAGAAGUCCAAUAUUCGAAGCAGCGCGAAACCCCGGUUUCGGAUUUCGACAGAAACCGUUUCAAUGCCGACCCUGCCAAGUGGUGGAACCUUUUCUACAAGAACAACACAGCCAACUUCUUCAAGAACCGAAAAUGGCUCCGCCAGGAGUUCCCUGUCCUUGCGGAUGUGACUCAGCCUACAGCAGGAAAGAAGGUGGUGCUGGAGGUCGGUGCAGGUGCCGGAAAUACUGCCUUCCCAUUGUUGGAAAACAACGAGAACGAGGAGCUCAUGGUUCAUGCUUGUGAUUUCUCCAAGACCGCUGUCAAGGUCAUGCGCGAGAGCCCACACUACAACACUAAGCAUAUGACAGCUGAUGUGUGGGAUGUCACGGCGGAGGCGGAUGAGAACAGCAAUGGACUUCCUCCGGGCCUUACUGAGGGGUCGGUCGAUGUCGUCGUUCUCAUCUUUAUCUUUUCUGCCUUGGCCCCAGAGCAGUGGAACCAGGCUCUUCGUAAUGUAUACCGCGUCUUGAAACCCGGCGGACAUGUUCUGUUCCGCGAUUACGGACGGGGCGACUUGGCACAGGUUCGCUUCAAGAAGAACCGAUACAUGGGCGAGAACUUCUACGUUCGCGGUGAUGGAACACGGGUGUACUUCUUUGAUCGCGAUGAGCUUGAGAAGAUGUGGGGCCAAUGGACUCCGGAGAAGGGCUUGCCCACGGCACUUGCGACAGGAGAGGAAACCGAGGCCAAGGAUGAACAGAGCCCUACUGACAUCAAGGGUGUCUUUGACAUCGAGAAGCUAGGUGUCGAUUACCGGUUGAUCGUUAACCGUCAGCGCAAGCUGAAGAUGUACCGCUGCUGGAUUCAGGGCCACUUCCUCAAGCGCGAUACCACUCCCGCCGUCGACGCUUCGAAUAACGAAUCGUGAUAUCCUUUGAUUCUUCCGCAAAAGCUUAGCCAUGGCUCUGGGGCGUGGUGGAAAUUGCAGGAUGAUCACUCAUAGUGGCGUCGGCAUGAACAAGCUACUGUUGUCUAGACCACAUGCAAACAGCCAGCUUCUUUCCAUGUCACACAUCUAUUACAUGAGGAUUCGGAGACUUCCUUUCGUUCGGAAGAUGUUUCAAACCCAUCCGACGCUCGAACGAACUCUCGGAAAUCACAUGGAACGGAGGCCUAGGGCAGUUGGUCACGCGCACAACCAGUUCGUUGCGGCAUCUAGUUGAUAUUUUAAUCGACUUUUCGUGAAAGAUAUGACUGUCAUUCGGCGCCAGUGCUCACGUUCUCAACGAAGGCAAAAGUGAGUUUCUGAUCCUCGAUGGAGGAUCUGAUGAUACCCAUGACGAUAGAUAGAGACUAG